AUGAAGGAUGCUUUUUUGGUGUUGGGUCUAGACAACACGGUGUUCCAAACCAAAAUCCUCUCGUAUUUGCUCUGCUGUAUUUAUAAGCUGCGGCUCGUGCGAUUCAAGGGCUGACCCAACACUUCCUAACAGAAUUAGUCCGGGGAGAAGUGAGGCUGUUAGAGACCUGGGAUCCUGAGGGCACGAUGGGGAGAUGACACCUACUGAAAGCCUAUGCUGAGUUCGCACGCAAGUGGCCUGACAGGCAUUUUAGCCUGCCCUGUGUUUUGAUAUUUUAAUUGAUCACUUGCGUUUACAAGUGGGGGUUUUUGUGUGAAUAUCUGGAUUAUCUUGAGAAACUGGAAGAUCUGGCAGCGUGUUCUUACCUGCAAGCAGUUUGCUGGCCCCUUUGCACUGCUCAGAAACAGAAUCCAGGUCGCCACAGCCCCUCUGCUAUAACCAGCGGCAUCACUCAUGGAUCACCAGUCUGGCCCCUACUCUAAAUAUUUGGGUGGAUGGAUAUAGGACUGUUUAAAACAUUUAUGCAGAACAGUUUGGUAACCUCCACAACUCUUGGCAAGACUUCAUAAAGGCCAGAACUGUGUUUGCCCUGGCAAUAGCUCUACCCCACUGCUAGAGUCUAAGCUUCCCAAAGAUGGAGACUUAUUUUGUUCACAGUGCCUGCUUAAAGAGACCCACAGACUUCAGUUGAGAUCACCGUGGCAGCCGUACCCUUCCUUCCUCACGAGGAGCAUCAGCUCUUAUCAACAGCAACACUGACAGAACCUGUGUUUUGGACAAGGACCGAUGGCUUCAAGCCUAGGUCGGAGAGCAUGUGCACCAUUUCCCAUGAACCACUGUGGUGUCUUUCUGAAAGCUCUGAGAAGCAAUGGUCUUGCCUUGUUUCCCUGGGGCCAUUACCCCUGGAGAGGAACUGGAAGCUUUUUGGACCCUGAGAUGAAAGCUUUCCUGGAGGAGAACACUGAAGUCAGCAGCAGUGGCAGCCUCACCCCUGAAAUCCAGUUGCGGCUUCUGACGCCCAGAUGCAAGUUCUGGUGGCAAAAAGCUGACCUGUGGCCCUAUAGCGAACCUUACUGGGCAAUCUACUGGCCAGGAGGCCAGGCCCUGUCUAGGUAUCUUUUGGAUAAUCCUGAUGUUGUUAGAGGAAAGUCUGUGUUAGAUCUUGGGAGUGGAUGUGGAGCUACGGCUAUAGCUGCCAAGAUGCGCGGGGCAUCGAGGAUCUUGGCCAACGACAUAGACCCUAUUGCAGGAAUGGCUAUCACACUGAAUUGUGAGUUGAACCAACUGGAUCCUUUUCCCAUUUUAACCAAAAAUAUUUUGGAUUUGGAACAAGAUAAGUGGGACCUUGUUGUGCUUGGAGAUAUGUUUUAUGAUGAAGACCUUGCAGACAGUCUUCAUCAAUGGCUGAAGAAUUGCUUUUGGACCCAUAGAACUCGAGUCCUGAUUGGUGACCCUGGACGACCCCAGUUCAGUGGACAUAGCAUUCAACAUCAACUGCACAAAGUGGUAGAAUAUUCACUUCCAGAGCCUACUAGGAAGGAAAACAAUGGAUUGACAACAAGCACAGUAUGGGAUUUUCAGCCUUGAGUUGUCCAAGUGCUUCCAGGUGUGAAUAUAGCUAUGUUUGGGUUUAACCCUAAAAGACCUCCAGUUUAAAGCAUGUAGUAUCUUGUUUCCAAAACCUGAAGUCUUAAAGUUUUGUCAGCCUUUGUCAUGUAAUUUGUUCUGCAUUAUGCCAAAUAUACAAAUCUCUACCUGCAGUUUUCUGGUUUUGCUGCUGUAGGAAUAGGAUUCUAGAAGGCAACACCAAAAUGGUAGCAACAUGUAAUUUAAGUAGUGGAGAGGGAUGAGAAAGGAAAUGAGAAAGCAAUGUCUGUUUCUGUAGUUGAGGACAACUCUAUGAUGGAUCUUCAAAUUAGACACAAUACAAAAUAUAGAAGAGUACUGUAUUUCAAAAAAUGACCUGUAAAGAUCAGAGCUGCAUUUAGUGUGGUACAGAGUACCUGGGCUUUGGAGUCAGGCAACUCUGUCACUUUCUAGUUGGGACUUUAGGCUAGUUAAGCUCUCUGAGCUUUAAUUUCCUCAUCUAUAAAAUUGUAACAAACUUAAUAAACCUCACCUCAAGGCUAUUUUAUAAAAUGAAAGUAUAAAGUGCCUCAUACAGUAUUUAGUACAUAAUAGGACCUCAACUGACAGUCAUGGAUAAAAAUCAAGAUUUUAGAAUUUCCUAUAUACCGUGACACUUUUUGAUGCCUCUUUAUGGUUCACUAAGGUUAGCUAGAAAUUGGUAAUGCUACUAUAUGGCCCAGGUUGUCAGGAUCUUAUAUAUCAAUAAAAACCCUAUGAGAUAAAUGAGAAUGUGAAGAAGAAUAUGUAUAGUAUACCACUAUUUAUAGGUGAAUGUAUGAAAAGAUGUAUGUAUGUACCUACAUAUGUAUAUACAUAUAAAAUACAUAUUUGCUUGCAACAUACAUAGCAUAUUCCUGAAAAGAUAAACAAGUAACUGCUAAUGUGGUUGCCUUCUGAGAGGGUACCAGAUAGCUGGUAGACUGGGGUGGGAGGGAGGCUUAGGUUUUACCUUUGGGUCUUAUAAUUCUAUACUGUAGAUUUUCUAUUCUCUAAUUUAAAACUAAACACCAGCAUUAUAUGUGUUACAAUAAAUGCAGCCUUUCUAAUGUACUCUUAUGUUCUUAUACUGCUUAGAAUUGUUUAUAACAUGUGCAUUAUAUAUAAACUUUCUAAUAAUACAUGCAUACUGUUGGGAUUAUGGUACCAGGGAAAUGUGAUCAGAGUUAGUCAUACAGCAGAAAUGUGGAGAAAGCAGUUAAGGGCAAAUUGUUGCUCAGAUAGGAAAAUAGGAUAAUUCGAUGGGAGUCUGGGAGUUGGGGCUGCAGAGGAUUUGGUGAUUAUUGAACUUGGAAGUCAGAGUUUAUUUUAGCCCAGUGAAACAACUCUUGUGCAUCUAAUUCCCAUUGGUCUGUUGGGUCUUAAACAUUAUCAACCUAAAUUUUAAUUCAGACUUGGUUAAAAUUAAUAGAAAUUAAAGGUUACAGUGGCAUUGGAUGAUAUUUGAGAGGAAAGAGUUUUUUUGACAAUAUCCUUUGAAAAUUCAGAGUACUCUGCUGGUUAUUGCCCUUCCCAGCAAGGUAAGAAAGAGUUAAUUAUACUCGGGAGCACUGUGGAAGUCAACUUGAUGACACAAAGAGAAGAUUUAAGUUUAAAUAUCUACAGACCCUGUUUCUGUUAUCCUCUCUUGAUUUAUUAGGCAGGCACAAAAUCUUUGAGAUAUCCAAAUGUUACUUAAGAUAUUUUAAAAUCUCCCAUGUAUAUAAUGGUGAGCCUUGAAUGACUUCAUAGUUUAACAAACAGAUUUGUAUUAAGACCAUUCACAUUUAAAGGGAUUAUUGAUAUAGCUGGAUUAAUUUCUACCGUAUUUACGACUGUUUUCUAUUUGUUGCCCUAGUUCCUUGUUUCUUUUUUGGUGUUCCACUCUUUUCCUGCCUUCUUUGGUUUUAGUUGAGCAUUUUACAUGCUUCCAUUUUCUCUUCUCUCUUAGGAUAUCAAUGAUACAUAUUUAAAAAAUUGUGUUUAGUGGUUGCCCUAGUAUACACUUACAACUAGUCCAAGUCCACUUUCUUUUUUUUUUUUUUUUAAAGAUUUUAUUUAUUUAUUUGAGAGAGAGAGAAUGAGAGAGAGCACGAGAGGGGGGAGGGUCAGAGGGAGAAGCAGACUCCCUGCCGAGCAGGGAGCCCGAUGCGGGACUCGAUCCAGGGACUCCAGGAUCAUGACCUGAGCCGAAGGCAGUUGCUUAACCAACUGAGCCACCCAGGCACCCGCCAAGUCCACUUUCAAGUAAUACUGUAUCACUUCAUGAUUUUCAGUUUGUUCAGCUUUUAUCUUAUGAGGACAGGAGUGAUGACUUCUAAUCACUUUAUAACAUCAGACUGGAAACUGGAAGUAUGGGUAUUAUUUUUCUUUCUUUAUUUUUCUCCUUUAUUUAUUUAUUUUUUUGUGUGUUCAUUCAUUCAACAGAUAUUGGGUGCUUGUUAUGUACCAGAUACUCUUCUAGGCACUGGGGAAGAAAAGACAAAAAUUCCUGUCUUUAUGAAGCUUAUAUUCUAGGGAGAUAGAUAAUAAAAACAGACAAGAUGCCAGAUGGUGAUAGACGGUAAGGAGAAAAAUAAAGAGGUCAAAGUGUGAGGUGAGGAUGAUAGAGAUAGGUAGGAGUGGAGUACUAAAAUUUUAAACAGAGAUAGCUAAUACAACCAGCAAUCUAUAAAGGCAAGAAUAUUAAACUGCAAAGUGUUUUUAGGAAGAUAAUUCUUUACAGACCCUAAAAAGCUGACACUCUAGAUCUUGAAAAACUUGUUUCCCAAAAAGGGGGAAAAGCUACUGACUUUGACGUUUACUAUUAAAUUUUAUUGAAUUUGUCUUUAGGAAAAUUUCAUAGGUGAACAGGCCUUACCCAUGGUUUACAUAUAUACAUAUGUCUUACCUUUGAGGGGCAAUAUAUAUAUCCAUACUAUACAUAUACCGCAUUUAUAAAGUAAUUAGUAGUAAGGUCAAGAAAUAGAGUUGAAUGUAUAAACAUUCUUCUAAACAUGUGGAAGAAAUUUACCAUACCAUACUUCCCUUCUUUUGUACUACAUCAGAGUUAAAAUAGGAAAUCUUUAAAAAAGUCCCACUGAGACAAGCUCAUGGCACAGGGAAUAUACUGAAUUUGGGGUGGUUUAAGCAUAGUAUAUAUACUUCAGAGAAUUUUGUGAUUAUAAAAGAGUAAUGCAGUUCAUUUGAAAACUAAGAUCUGUGUUGUUUUGUUCACAAUAUGAAACCGACAGAGCUUUAGGAAACAGCCUCUAUAAUGAUAUUUUGUAUUUACUCAUUCUUACACUUUCCUGAAUGCAGUUGUUA